GAAAUAACAUGAUGACUCAACCACAAGAUAAUGAAGAACUUAAACAUAGGAAAUCUGCCGCGGAUAACAAGAGUUACGAAUUAAAAACCAAAAAUGGGUUGAACGAGAAGGUUGAAAAAGUUUCGGCGACUAAUUCAAAGAUUAUUGGAUUAGUUUUUGUAUCUUUGUUGUUGGAUUUGUUGGCGUUUACGAUGAUUUUGCCCCUGCUGCCAUCACUUAUGGAUUAUUAUGAUAAAGAGGAAGGAAAAGGCAAUGGUUUAUACGCUACUCUUCUUAAGGCUGUGCAAGGGUUCCAACGGUGGACAGGGGCGCCGGACCGAUUCGCAUCGGUGUUAUUCGGAGGGGCCCUCGGCUCCAUGUAUAGUUUCCUUCAAUUUUUAACUAGCCCUAUUGUUGGAAGUCUCUCAGAUGCAUAUGGAAGAAAACCUAUGCUUUUGAUUUGUUUGACAGGCAUAGCCCUAUCUCACGCACUAUGGGGCUACGCGCGUACCUUUAGCAUAUUUGUCCUAGCAAGGUUUAUUGGGGGUCUCAGCAAAGCCAAUGUCAGCCUUAGUAUGGCAGUGGUUACUGAUGCUUCUAAUACAAAGACCAGAGCCAGAGGAAUGGCUCUUAUUGGACUGGCGUUCUCAAUAGGUUUCAUGGCCGGGCCGCUAGCAGGAGCAUGGUUUGCGAAAACGGGCAAUAUCUCUUCAGGAGGUUGGGGUGAACGACCAGCAUUCUAUGCCCUGGCUCUUGCCUUAGCCAAUAUUAUAUUAGUAACAUUCUACAUACCAGAGACUUUGAAAAAGGACAAAAGAGCACCUCUUUCGUUCACACUCUCUAAAGCAGUGGAUUUUGUGUCACCUUGGCACUUGAUGAAAUUCACGGCUGUUAAAAAUCUCUCCAAGCAUCAGAACAAAGUUUUAUCUAAGUUGGGAGUCAUUUAUUUACUGUACUUAUUUAUUUAUUCGGGGUUAGAGUUUACUAUCACAUUCCUUACACAUCACACGUUUAAUUAUACUGCGAUGCAGCAGGGGAAAAUGUUCUUAGUUAUAGGGUUAAUAAUGGCAGUCCUGCAAGGCGGUGCUGCCAGACGUCUGGGCACACGCGGCGCGGAGCGGGCCGCGCGGGGGGCCUUAGUCCUCACUCCUCCGUCCUUUAUUUGCGUGGCUCUGGCAGCGGUCAACCAACCACCCUUGUUUGCGCCUAUCUGUUGGUUGUGGAUCGGCCUUGUACUUUUUGCAUUGUCGACUGCGUUCGCCGUAUCGUGUAUGACAUCGAUGGCAGCUGCGCAAGCGCCGGAGGAGGCGCGUGGAGCCGUGCUGGGCACUUUGAGAUCGCUAGGGGCUUUGGCCCGCGGUCUUGGGCCUCUAGUAGCUUCUUCAGUGUAUUGGAGCUCAGGCGCAGCGAUAACAUACACCUACGGCUCUGUGGUCCUAAUCAUUCCCGCCUUGAUGUUAAUCAGACUAAAAACGUAACAAACGUUAAGUGAAAACGUUCGUAAAUAAUUACAGACACAUGCAUAAUUACAUUAACACGAUAUUACAACUCCAUUUUCAUACAAAGUGUAUAUUAAAAUUAUAGGCUAAUUAUUAGGCAAGGGCCGCUUCAAAUUGCCGCAGGCUGGCGGUGAUUUAAACGAGCAAUGCAACAUAAUUUUUUACAAGAUAAUGUUACGUUUCUUUUAAAAAACAAAAAAUGAAAAAAAUGCAGCAAGCGACGCCACGCAGUGUCGACCCGCGACACGCGUACUUUAAUAAAUGCAAAAUAAUAUUAGCCACAUAAUAAAUUAUACAUUUCUUUGAACGCAAAAUUACAAAAGAGUAAGGAGUCAGCGCAAACCAACAGACGCGGACGGGAGGGCAGAGGACAUCAAAUUUAACUAUGUAUAUCGCACACUGAGAAUGACAGUGACACAAUGCAAAAUUUUUGAUUUUGAGUAAUGAGCAAUAAGAGUUUUGAAAAUUAGGAUAACUGCAAUUUCUUACUCAACGAAGAUUUUUCAACGCGGUUUUCAGCAAAAAUAAAAGGGAACCUACAAAGUUUUAGAAGUAUUAUAUAAAUUUUCACUUACCACAAUAAAAUAAAGGUAUUUUUUAGAAUUUCGUUUAGUAUCACAAUAGUGAUAUAAUAGUAAUAUAAUAUAAUGUUUUCAUGUAAAUCAACAUUUCUUAAUAUGCAAUAUCGUCACAAAGGAUUCAUAAAAACAAAUUAUGCCAUGAAAUUUAAUUUUAAACUUCGAAAAUAAUAGGAUAAAUAAUUACUCUGUAACUUAUCCACUAAUCACGUCAAAACGACACUGUUCAAAAAAUGACGAUAAUCCUUCACAGGGUUACUAUUAAAUUGUUUCACAACUCAGCGAUACUUGUGACUACCAAAAAAAUGUCAGUAUUGCGCUAUCUCCUAUACCGCGUUCCCUUUAUACAGCAUAACGUAAUUACGUGAUGUAGCAAAUUUUAGCCAAACAACGUCCUUGUACGUUUUUGCAUUUUACAGUUCGUACUCCCAAAUCCAAGAUGACGUUAAAAAUAAAAAACAAAUGUUUUUGUGCGCUAUUUUAUGCUAUUUCAAUUGAAAUAAGGUAUAAAUUACAAUGCUCUUGAGACCGACCUCGGAGCGUCGUGACGCAUUUCUAUCUGCGUCUCAGAGCACUGAAAUUUAUACCUUAUUACGAUGUAAAAGCACAAAAUAUACAUUGAUUUGCAUUACACGAAUUUGACACUUUGCCGGCCGCCGGUUUGUACUGGCCCUAAAGCCGCGCGGUGCAGUCCGGUGUCCAGUAUCUUGCGUCGCUUCGCCUAGCUGCGGCAAUUUGAGGCGACUCUAAUAUUACAAGGUUUAAACAAUAAUGCAUACACAUGACUGUAUUAUAGCAAUGUACUGAAUUGUAAUAAAUAACAUAAGUCUGCAAAAUGUUACUACUUAUUCUCCAACACUACCUAUACUAAACUUGUAAAAUUUUUAUUUAAGUAUUUUUCUUAAGUAUUAUUUAUAUUUUUUGAGUAACAACAGUAUUACGUAAUAAAAUGUUUACA